AUGGCUGCUAGGAUAGGCAUGAGCCCUCUUUUUAGGGCUCUCCCCAGGCCGACAUCCGCUUUCCGCAGACCGCCGCCAUUCCUAAAUACUCUCCCAUCCCAGAUCCGCCUGCUUUCCGAUGAAACAAGAGCUGCCAUUGACAAAGCAGUGGCAUCUGCGCCGGUUGUUUUGUUCAUGAAGGGUACCCCAGAAACGCCGCAGUGCGGAUUCUCAAGAGCAAGCAUACAAAUUCUUGGACUCCAGGGAGUAGAUCCGAGGAAGUUCACCGCAUUCAAUGUUUUGGAGGAUCCGGAGCUGAGGCAAGGUAUUAAAGAAUAUUCGGACUGGCCCACAAUCCCGCAGGUGUAUCUAAACAAGGAGUUUAUUGGCGGUUGCGACAUCUUGAUGUCCAUGCAUCAAAACGGGGAGCUCGCGAAGCUCCUGGAAGAAAAUGGGGUCCUUAUUCCUGCCGAAGCGGAAAAUGAAGCGCACAAAAAAUGA